AUGACCACGCUGCUUGAGUCCUACUCCAGUGGUUCUGCAAAUGCAUGCGCCUCCUCCUCGUUGACGCUGGGGUUUGAUAACGUGACAUUGCGUCGGGACAAGCGUGUUGUCAUAAACAAUGCCUCUGGCAUCAUACAUGGCGGUCGACUGACGGCUAUUGUCAGCUGCAGUGGGAUGCCGAGUGGCUCUUUUUUGCUUGGCGCACUUGCGGGGCGGGAGGAGUGUGCGAGUGGGACCAUCAUGAUGAACGGCAUCCCGAUGGAUGCCCCGGCGUACCUCCACCAUGCCGUGCUCAUUGACGAUGAAUUCACCGCACUGGAGGAGCUCACCGUUCGGGAAAGCAUUGAGUACGCCGCCUCCAUGCGCGUCGCCAUCAGCACUUUCACCGUGCAGGAAAUUAUAGAAAUGUUAAUGCUUGAAAGUGUCGCAGAAGCCGUGGUACGGAAAUGCUCCCUCUACGUGCGUCGCCGUGUAUCAUUGGGGCGAGAGUUGCUGCUGAACCCGCGCUUACUUUGCUUUGAUCAGCUGUUGGAGGGCCUGCGAACCCAGGAGUCGCAAGAGUUUAUGCGCCUCUUGCAACGCAUUGCGGCUCCCGCCUCCAUUUCUUUCACCUCAAACAAUUCGUCACAAUUACCUUUGACCCCCUCUCGUCUGUCGCCCUCACGCAGCUCCGUCGCUGCCUCUGCUGAGACCCCUCAGACCCCACCAGCCGCCGCGGAGCCGGGGCUUGCAACGGUGAAAGCCUCAACCUCGGCACCCCAAGGUGUGGCAGUGGAACUGCAACGGGCGCGGGAGCGCAUCGUGUUGGUCGCCAUGUCCCAGCCACGUUGGGCAAUACUGAAGUUUGUCGAUGACGUGAUUCUGCUUGAGCAUGACACCUGUGUGUUUUGUGGAACACUCGCAGAGCUUUUUGCCACAAUCUGCGUCGACCCAGCCUCAGGUGUUGUGGAGAGUGCGAUUAGCUCCCUGUAUCGCCUGGCAUCCGGCUCAGAAACCUCGCUUUCCGACACCUUUGCACAUUCAGGCAACACAGAACGUGUGCGGCAGAGCGUCGUGCAGUUCUUUCACAGUUGUGCCUCGGGGCGGGAGAUACUUGAGGGAAAGACCUACUCUAGCCCUGGAGCCCAUGUACGGUUGUUUUACAUGUUUAAGUACGACCUGCUACAGCUGCGACACAAUCUUUUUCUAGGCACUCCUAUCUUCCUUCUGCUCGUUUUGCUGGUUGGGGUGCUGGCGGCGGUGUACAAUAGCCAAGAGGGACAGAGUGGGAUGCAGAAUCGCAUUGGUAUCAUCUUCUUCCUUGUGAGCUCCACGUUCCUGUAUAGCAUUCUCACCUUGGACUCACAGCGACGGGAGUACAGCAGUUUUUUGCGUUAUCGGGCGUCAUGGGUACUAUGGCGUUUUUACCUACUUGACCUAUGCCGUUUUGUACUGCAGCAUGGAACGAAUUUUCGUACUGUCUUUACUGACCUUUGCAGGGUUUUGCAUCUCCAACGUGGCGGAGAAGUGGAACUACUACGGCCUCAUCAUGGAGCUUGUACUCAUCAUUGGUGUCUUGUCCUUCUGCAGUCACUUUGUUGUGUUUUUCUUUUGCACCGUGAUAUGGACGCGCAGGGUUGCCAUGUUUGCUCUCUUUGCCGUGUACACGUUGAACUUGCUCCUCGCAGGCAUCAUUCUGAACCUCAAGACGUUGCCGAGGGCCUUUCAAUUCAUCUCCAACGUCUCACUUAUUCGCCUGGCAUAUGA